CCACCCGCAUUAUUUGAGUUGGGGAUAUGUUGACGCUUCUUCGCGCCCGUAUCAAGGUCGGCUCCCUGGAAGCGAGCUUGCGCGCGUGCAUGCCCAGAAGGGGAGCCAGGGACAAGGCCAGACAAGCGGCUUCUCGGCGUUGCAGGCCGCAGUUGGCGACGGAGAGGCGGGCCCCGAAAAGCCCGGCGGCGGCGGCGCGGCGGCUCCUUCGUCAGGCGCGCCAGGGCCCGGUUGGCAGCGGCGAGCAUUGGCGGCGAAGCUGAGCACAAAGGGCAAGAUCCAGCUCACGUCAAGCACCUUUAAGACACAUCUACUUCAGUUGGAGUGUUUUGUUUAUCUGGAGGCCAAGUCCAGUGCUUGACGAUUUAGGCAUGAAUUACUCACGAUUCAUUACUGCAGUCAGUGCUGCAAGAACAGCAUCUCCGAUAAGGCUCCUCACUGAAUUGAUGCAGAGGUCUCCUCCAUCGCUGAUUUCUCUGGCAGGAGGGGCACCAAACCCCAAUACUUUCCCCUUCAAAACUGCUAGCAUUACCAUUGGAGAUGGAACAACGGUUGAAAUUGGGGAAGACUUGAUGAAGAGAGCUCUCCAGUAUUCAGCCUCUGCAGGCAUUCCAGAGCUAUUAUCCUGGCUGAAGGAUUUGCAGAAGAAUCUUCACAACCCUCCAACUGUUGAGUAUCAGCCUGAAAAGGGGCAAAUGGAGUUGUGUGUCACCACCGGCAGUCAAGAAGGGUUGAGUAAAGUAUUUGAAAUGCUGAUUAAUCCUGGAGACACGGUCCUUUUAGAUGCGCCCACCUAUCCCGGGACACUGGCAGCUCUGAGGCCGUUGGGCUGCAACAUUGUCAAUGUUCCCAGUGACCAACAUGGCAUUAUUCCAAAAGCCCUGAAAGAAGUUCUUUCCAGGUGGAGCCCAGAAGAUGCCAAAAAACCUAACAGCAGCCUCCCCAAAUUUCUCUACACAAUUCCUAACGGUGGCAAUCCUACUGGAGCCUCACUGACGACAGACCGCAAAAAAGAUAUCUAUCAGCUUGCAAGACAAUAUGAUUUCCUCAUAAUAGAAGAUGAUCCAUAUUACUUCCUUCAGUUUGAUAAGCCUUGGGCACCAACAUUUCUUUCCAUGGAUAUUGAUGGUCGAGUUAUCAGGACGGACUCUUUCUCUAAGAUCCUCUCAUCUGGACUAAGGAUAGGGUUUCUAACUGGUCCCAAGCCUCUCAUCGACAGAGUUAUUCUGCAUAUUCAGGUUUCCACAAUGCAUACCAGUACUUUCACGCAGCUUAUGAUAGCCCAGCUUCUUCAACAGUGGGGACAAAAAGGUUUCCUGGACCACGUAGAUGGUGUGGUGGACUUUUACAAGAAGCAGCGGGAUGUGAUGCUUGUGGCAGCAGAUAAGUGGCUAAAAGGCCUAGCAGACUGGCAUUCACCUGCAGCUGGAAUGUUUCUAUGGAUGAAAAUCAAGGGAGUUUCUGAUACACAAGAGUUGAUAAUGAAGAAAGCUUUGGAGAAACAAGUGCUGCUGGUUCCUGGAAGAGCGUUUAACAUUAACAGCUCCAAUCCCAGCUCUUACGUCAGAGCUUCCUUCUCGCUUUCUUCUCCAAGCCAGAUUGAUCAGGGUUUUCAGAGGUUGGCUGAGCUCAUCAAAGAAGCCUUAUGAUUUUACCAAACGAAAAAUCCUUGAUAAGCUAAAGAAUCUACGGUAGAAACUCCGGCUUUUUCAAACACACUGGGGUUUCCCAACUGUCCACAGCAGGGAGAACCAUUGUGGGGGACCUCCAGAUGUUGUUUGACUAUAACUCCCAUCAGCUCCAGUCACCAUAGCUCCUUGGAUGAUGGGAGUUGUAGUGCAACAUCUGGCGGGCAUCCCAUUGGCUAUCUGUGGUCUGCAGAGUAUGCUAUGAUGUAAAAUGCACACCUUUCCCCUCAUGGUGGUGGUGCUGUUUUCAGGUUGUCCAUAGCAGAUCAUAAGGUGGGGCUGCAGUAUUCACCUGAGCUUCAUCCAACGGAGUCGCUGCAGAGAGCGGGAGGGAUACAGUGGCAAGGUUGGUGCAGUGUAAAUUUUCCAGUGGAGCCAAUUCACCAUACCAACCUGGCCACUGUCACACAAACCUCCCUCUCUUCAUCCCAGUGUGCUGCAGUGACUCAGUCAGACAGAGGACAGGGGAGCAGCACUCCUAAAGUAUCACAUCAGCUGCUCGAGGCUGUAUAUUGACAUCUUGGAAUGUUGGUUAGAAGAGUUUGGAUUUGAUAUCCCGCUUUAUCACUACCUGAAGGAGUCUCAAAGCGGCUAACAUUCUCCUUUCCCUUCCUCCC